AGAGCAUCUGGCAAAAUCGCCUGACGACAUGACAUUCGACUAGUUAGCUCUGGACCGCACCACCCCGAAGCAACUGGAUCCCUUGGAAGGACUCCACUAUCUGUAGCGACUGUUGGGAAAAGACGCCUUUAUCUUAUAUCGAAGACCAAAUCGCCUCUGCAUGCCACUUGCAAACCCCCGAAAGCCCCAACACGACUUCGUAGAAUGAGCGUCGGUGCAAACCACCCUUGCGUUUGUCUAUUCAUUGGCGGUAGCUGGCCAGCGUCCAGAUGAAAGCCUUUUCCGUGUUCUCGCUCCCGUUGCGCCGCCUCGCCACCCAGCGGCCAUGGACCUGCUCCGAAUGUCGCGCCGGCCCGAUGGCCCAGCAGCAGCAGCAGCAAUAUAGCCGGUCGUCACAACGCCAGCAAUGGUUCGGCAACAACGCCACCCGCGGAUUCUCGUCGACGAGCACGAGGGCCGCUGUUGCGAGAGCGGUACCGAAGAACGGUAGCAGCGGUACCGGUAGCGGUAGCGGUGGCGGCCGGAAGGGCGGCCGCGUUUUGCUUCUUGCUUCUGGUGGCGGCGCAGCGGCUGCGGGCGCUCUCGCCUUCACCGACGAUAUCAAACACGGUUAUGAGGCGGCGGAGCGCGCCGGUCGGGUCGCUGCCGCCCUUGCGGUGUGCAUCAACGAUUACCGUACAACCCUCAACCAGAAGGAAAAGAUUGAAGAUCCCGAAUUGCAAUCCAGAAUUCUGAAAGACUGUCACCAACGAUGCGCCGAUCGAACACUGAAGGUCUUGGAGAAGAACGGUGGCAUUUUUAUUAAGCUGGGCCAGCACCUUAGUGCGAUGAACUACCUCCUCCCGCAAGAGUGGACCAACACGUUCAUCCCCCUCCAGGACAAAUGCCCCGUGUCGUCGUUCGAAUCGAUCGAAGAGAUGUUCCGGAACGACAUUGGCAAGGAGCUGUGGGACUACUUCUCUGAGUUCUCGAACGAACCGAUUGGCGCCGCGUCUCUCGCCCAGGUACACACCGCCACGGUGAAGGAAACGGGCAUGCCCGUCGCCGUUAAAGUGCAGCACCCCGGCCUCGGUCAGUGGUCUCAGCUCGACCUGGCCCUGACACGGUUCACCUUCUCGACCCUCAAGCGCUUUUUCCCCGAGUACGACCUGGAAUGGCUGUCCGCCGAGAUGGACGUGUCGUUGCCGAAAGAACUGGACUUCAGGGAGGAGGAGCGCAAUGCCAACCGCACGCGGGAGCACUUUGCGAAGCUGCCGGAGCACCCCCUCGUCGUCCCCGGGGUCCUCUGGGCGAAGGAGCGCAUCCUGGUCAUGGAGAGAGUGUCGGGACACCGGCUGGACGAUCUCGCGUACCUCGACGCCAACGGCAUCGACCGCGACGAGGUCUCGGCCUGCCUCGCGCGCAUCUUCAACGAGAUGAUCUUCGGCCACGACGCCCCCUUGCACUGCGACCCCCACGGCGGCAACCUCGCGAUCCGCAAGAACGAGUCCCGGCGCGGCCUCCGCGGCGGCCACAACUUCGACAUCAUCCUGUACGACCAUGGCCUCUACCGCGACAUCCCGCGCGACCUGCAGCGCUCCUACGCCAAGAUGUGGCUCGCCGUCAUCGACGGCGACAUGAAGCGCAUGCGCACGUACGCCAAGGAGGUCGCCAACAUCAACGACGAGCAGUUCCCGCUGUUCGCCUCAGCCAUCACGGGCCGCGACUGGAGCGUCCUUAACAGCGAGGGCUCCGUCCUGCAGACCCGUACCGCCGACGAGAAGAAGGAGAUGGGCGACGCCCUGCAGGAAGGCCUCAUCGUCGACCUCGUCCAGCUGCUCGGCCAGGUCCCGCGCAUCAUCCUCCUCAUCCUCAAGACCAACGACCUCACCCGCAGUCUCGACGAGAACCUGCACACCCGCCAGGGCCCCAUCCGCUCCUUCCUGAUCCUCGCGCGCUACUGCACGCGCACCGUGUUCGAGGAGCAGCUCGAGGACCUCAAGCGCCGUGGCUCGCUGCUGUGGCCGCCCAACACCUUCCGCCUCGUCUCGGCGUGGAUUGGCUUCCUGAGGGUCGAGGUGAAGCUCGGCGCCUUUGAGCUGUUUUUGAGCGUCAAGAGGGCUCUCGGCCUGAAGGGCGUUGAGUUCCCGGCCCCGGGCAUGUGAAGUAUGUGAUACCUGGAACUUAGACCUAUAGACUUGUAAUUUAGCCGCUGUUUGUAUACGACGAGCUCGUUUUUUUGUUCCACUUUAUGUUUCUUCAUCUGAGCCUGAUUACAUUCGGAAUUGGAACCCAUCCAACCGUCGGGGCGCAUGCGCCAACCCAGGAGAAUACGCAAUCAUGUCCACAUCGAUGUUUUGCUACGGUAUUUUCUAAUCCCACGGUUUUCCAUCGAUACCGCACGAUCGAUCUUUGACGACAAUAGUCCAAUGAUCAAGUAGGAGGUCGUAAUGGCACAUGAAGAGAUAAGUCUAUGUCAGUUCUGCUUACAAAGCACCUCGUCCGGAGGAGAUUUCAUGGCCAUUUAUGCUACCAAAUUAUGCUGUAAAUAGGUAUCAAUAGAUACUUCAACCGGCUUGUACAACACUCGGAAUACACUAG